CCCGCCCAGUGCUGACGUUGGCAGCCGAACCCGAAGUAGUUCGAGCCGACGGGCUGCGCUGUCCGGUUGUUGCGUUGCAUUUCCUUCCUCUCUCGCUCCACGCUCCAGCAGCGGCCAGAGCAGCGGCGCGAGAAUAUCCCGGCGGCCUGCUCUCCUCCUUCGGCGCGCCCUCCUUGCUCGGCCAGCGUCGUCAGUCAGUGGUCAGUCAGUCGGUGGCCCGCGCCCGGCUAGCGCUCAGGCCCAGCGGCCAGAGCUAGCGCCCAGCCUGAGAGCCAACUCGCUCCGGCGGCGCGGGCACCGGGAGUGGAGUGUGGGUUUCGGUGGCCCGAGGGCAGGCGAGCGAGCGAGGCCGAAGGGUGACCGGGGCAGGUCGUGGCGCCGCGAAGAUGGUCGCCAAGCAGCGGAUCCGUAUGGCUAACGAGAAGCACAGCAAGAACAUCACCCAGCGCGGCAACGUCGCCAAGACCUCGAGAAAUGCUCCCGAAGAGAAGGCGUCUGUAGGACCCUGGUUAUUGGCUCUCUUCAUUUUUGUUGUUUGUGGUUCCGCAAUUUUCCAGAUUAUUCAAAGUAUCAGGAUGGGCAUGUGAAGUGACUGACCUUAAGAUGUUUCCAUUCUCCUGUGAAUUUUAACUUGAACUCAUUCCUGAUGUUUGAUACCCUGGUUAAAAACAAUUCAGUAAAGCAUCCUGCCUCAGAAUGACUUUUCAUAUCAUCCUUCAUGUGUCAUUCCAAGGUUUCUUCACAAGUCAUUCCAAGUUUUCUAGUCCAUACCACAGUGCCUUGCAAAAGCACCACAUGAAUAAAGCAAUAAAAUUUGAUUAAGCUACA